ACAUAACUGAUCGCCCUAUCCGCUCUCCUUAUCGUUCCCCUCCCCCCAGCUUUGUCCCUCCGUUGCGUCUCAGAAAAAAGCUGUUGCGCCUCUGACUUUCCUGACUUUCCUAUCGCUACCACACCACCUGCUGCUCUCGCUUCGUCCUUCUCGGUCUUUCCCCUUCAACGUACUUUAAUCCAUAAUGUGUAUUCGUGCCUAAGCUAUCCAGUAGCAGACACCUAUCUUUAUUGACACCGGAAGCCCAACCAUCCCAAUUGACUACGUGACGGGCGGUACACGCUCACACCAUCCAAGAUGGACUCAAACAACGACAGACGGAGCUUUGAAACGGGACGGGAACAUAUGCCUCCGGAAUCACACAACCUGCUCGAGGAAAGAAUAAGCUUGCACCACGACAGAAUCUCAAUCGACUCGAGGGCCAAUGACCACCACCACCACCACCAUCACCAGCAGGACUUCAGUGUCCCGCCUACGCCAACUUUCCACCAAAGCCACCACAAUUCAGGCAUCUACGACUCCUCACGACAGUCGAUACGCAGCUACUCCAGCAACCACCCAUACAUGCACGUCAACCAGGAUUCGUUCUACAACACCUUGCAGGACAACAUUCGACACUAUUCGAUACAGAGCUCUUCGGUCUGGACCCAGUCUAGAUCGUCUACUCCUGUUAACGACACGAGACAUCUUAACUACAGUGCCACUUGGGGCAGUACCGCAAAUCUGAUGAAGGACGAUGUGCCAUCUCCCACGCACAAUUCGUCCUUCCGGGACCAGAUGGAGAAAAGUUCGGACGGCGGUAUCGACUCCCCACGCAGUCCGGUUGCUCCUCCUGCGCCAACUGGCCCGCCAACGGGCCCCCCGGCCAUCAAGUUCUCGAGACAACACGAGAUCCUCUUCGUGGCCAAUGUUUGCUUGGCUCAAUUGCUUUCGCUUGCUUGUUUGGCGCAGACGGUCUCACCUUUGCUGAUCAUCGCGGAUUCUCUGGGCGUCUCCCACCCGGGAGAACUGGCUUGGCUGACUGCUGCGUACAGCAUGUCCUUGGGCACCUUUAUUGUCCCGGCAGGUCGCCUCGGUGAUAUGUUCGGACACAAGAAGAUCUUCAUCCUUGGGUUUUUGUGGCUGGCCUUGUGGUCAUUCAUGUGUGGCUUCGCCUACAACUGGGGAUAUGUAGCUCUCUGCGUAGCCCGUGGCUUUCAAGGUAUCGGACCAGCUCUGCUUGUACCGAACGGCAUUGCCCUGAUUGGACGGUCAUUCCCCCCCGGUGACAAGCGUGCGCUUGUCAUCGGCAUCUUUGGCGCUUGCGGGCCUUGCGGCUUCUUGACUGGCGCAUCACUUGCUGGCAUGUUCGCUGAGGUAGUCUGGUGGCCUUGGGCUUUUUGGGCAACCGCCAUCGCAUGUCUUUUCAUCACCUUCGUCUCUUUUGUCAUAAUCCCAGAUCAGCUUGCUGUGGCGGCAGCUCCGCCAGGACAGAAGAUCCCGGGCUUCGACUGGUACGGAUGUAUCACUGGUGUGACCGGUCUUAUGCUCAUCAACUUCGCCCUCAACCAAGCGCCACUUGCCGGAUGGGGUACGCCUUACGUAUACUUCUUGCUUAUCAUCGGUGUCAUGUUCACAGUGGCGUUCUUUUUUAUCGAAAUGCAUCUGGUCAAGGAUCCUCUUCUACCGGUCCGCGGUCUCCAGCCUCAGGCUUUGCUCACCCUUGGCUGCAUUGCAGCAGGUUGGGCUUCUCACGGUAUCUGGCUCUACUACUACUUCAUGUUCCUCAUGCACGAGCGCCAUCUGUCAGGUACGCACGCCACUCUCGAGCUGAUUUGGGUCGGUCCGCUCGGCAUCAUUUUCGCGCUCUCGACCGGCAAGCUCAUCAAGCGAUUCCACGUGUCUCGUGUCAUGCUGGCAUCCAUGCUUUUCUUCUGCAUUGGCACCAUCAUCCUCACGUACGCCCCAGUGAAUCAAACGUACUGGGCACAGACGUUCUUAUCCGUUCUUAUCAUGCCGGGAGGGAUGAAUUUGAGCUUCCCAGCUGGCUGUUUGCUCCUCAGCAACGCGAUGCCGCGUGAGCAUCAAGGCAAGGCGGCUUCCCUUGUCAGCACAGUGGUCAACUACAGCAUCGCUUCUGGCCUAGGUUUCGCCGGUACCGUCGAGUCCUCGAUUAAUCGCAACGGCGGAACCCAACUCGAUGGCUACCGCGGUGCCUGGGAGCUUGGUAUCGGUUUCAGUGCAGUCGGUGUGCUUUUAUCGAUCUACUUCAUCUGGACUGCACGUGGCCAGAUCCGUCAAGCCCGUCAGGACAAGCUCGGUGCGCCCAGCAACGACGCCACGAGCGUUCACGGCCAGAAGAACAUCUUCCGCAUUUCGCAGGCCAACUUAUCCAGGCCCGCACCUUCGUGGGCGAACAGGAUCGUCUCACAAAUUUACGGCGGCAAGCCAUACUAAUCAUUGUCACUCCUUAGUAAUUUAUCUGUGUUCAGGUGCAUAUUCAAAGCGUCAUGUAGUAAAGCAUGGGAUUUUGGCGUUUUAAGAUUUGUUUCAAUGGGGACUGGAUGAAGGCCUUGGGUUUGACAGACGAACGUUUGGACAAUGCGAUGGCCACGAUCUAGUAGUUAGGCCACAGACUUGCGAGCACUGUCUAGACAUUGGGUGCUGUUUGGCGUCUUUUGGGCCUAAUGUUGGACGAGGCGUUCUGCUCCUACAAGGCUACUUCCCUGUAUGUCGCGACGGUAGUCAAAAUUCACCGACGAAUGACUUCAAUUUCUUGCGCACACCAACUGUUUGCAUUUCGCCCUUUGCGUUGACAACGCACUGCUCCAAGCGCUGUUCAGAACUAGGUAUCACCGUACGACCAAGCGCAACAUCGUAGAUUUCACCAUCUUCCCUCGCAUCUAUUCUCCGGCCCAACUGCGAGCAUUAGCGGAAAGGUCGAAAACCUUGUCUCGCCAACAGACGUUCAGUGCGUCAUCCGUGCAACCUCUUUAAUCACGAAUGGAGGUUUUUUGGUCCAAAGUUUAAGCUUUGGAUGCUUAUUUGGAGCUUGGGAUGCCAACCGCAUUACCCAGAUCUUCGCCUAGCGUUGCGUUGCCGAUCUGCAGUGGCUUGCACGGUUGCAAGACGAACAGCAUACGAC